AUGGCUGAUGAGAGCUACACUUCUCCCUCGACGUCAGCGAACACAACCGGCCGAGCAUCGUCGCUCACCGGCAAUGAGCCCCCAAGUUUCAGCUUACGUCGAGCUGCAACAGUCGGUCAAUCUGCCCCUACACGUCGCCGCCCCACUCUGAAUGCGGGCUCGCCCACCGCCGAGAAUGGCUUUGCAGAUAUUCGAAGGCGGAGCUCUACAUAUUCCGACUUUAGUCUGAAUGAUGCUAGAAGGGAUCUGGAGACAAGCGCAGAUGAGCUCUUUAAUCCGAGUAAAUCUGGCUCCAAAGAGGCGGAUAAAUCUCCAUUCGUCUACGUCCCACUUACACUAGCUCUGCUCCCUGCUAUAGCUGGCAUAUUCUUCGAAAAUGGGAGUGCUUUCUUUACGGACCUCAUAUUACUCAGCUUGGCUGCUAUAUUUCUUCACUGGUCCGUCACGCAGCCGUGGGAUUGGUAUCGCUCCGCGCAAGAGAUACGCAUCGUGAGAGAUGAGAUUAUGACUGAGUCUGUCUUUGAGUCCGAUAGCGACGUUGAGCCUCCUACGACAACCCUGGAAAAUGUCCCUGAAGAGACAAAUAAACAGGAUAGUUCCGGGGAAGUAGCCGAAGAAGCAUCCAAUAGACGGGAUCGCCAGCGGAAUGAGCGACAGGAUGCCGCGCUUAGAGAACUCUACUUUCACGAGACGGCCGCUCUAGCCUGGUGCUUUAUAUUUCCUAUGCUCGGCGCAUAUCUUCUACACACUAUUCGGGGGCAGUUGACGAGACCUUCUGAGGGCUUGGUAUCUGACUAUAAUCUCACUAUUUUCCUUUGCGCCGCCGAAGUCCGCCCCAUUUCACAUCUGAUCAGGAUGCUUCAAAAUCGAACCUUACGAGUUCAACAAAUCGUCGCAAAGAACCCCUAUGAAAAGCAAACUGUUACAAUGGAGCAUUUAGAAGCACUUUCAACCAGACUAGAUGAGUUGGAAGCACAAGGAGCUUCGGGUGAUGCAUCGUCGAAUGCCACUGCACGGCCUGAUGUUCCACAGCCAAAAUUGAUCGAGGCGGCAGUGGCUCAAGAAGUCCGUAGUAGCAUACAGCCAGAACUAGAUGCUUUAAAUCGCGCCAUGCGUCGAUACGAGAAGAAACUCACCCUACUUGCAUGCCAAACCGACAAUCGUAUCGAGUAUGUCGACUACAGGCUUAAUGAUGCUAUUGCGCUUGCUGCUGUCGCUGCUAAGAAUAGUAACACUCAACGAAACUUUGGCGGGUGGGUUAUCGACAAGAGCAUUGCGCUGGUUAUACUCCCAUUUCAAGCACUAGUAGCGGUGUCUACCUUUCCUUUCCGGACGAUAUCGACUAUGCUUAGUCGAAAGAGCAUAUCUUCGUCCGAGAAGACCCAGAGGACUCUACGCAGCGGGAGAGUGCUUGCUCAUGGCAAGUCUAGUUCCGAUCGCGUGCCCACGCGCGUGUCUAAGAGAUAG